AUGGAGAUGGUUGGUCAUACUUCCAUUGUCUAUUCAGUUGAUUCACAUGUCUCUGGACUUAUUGUCAGUGGUAGUGAAGAUUGUUUUGCAAAGAUAUGGAAAGAAAUUCUUUGGAUGGAUUUUAUGAUUUAUCACCUGAAGAGGGUUGGAGGAUUAAAACUGGAUGAUUUACCAGGGCUGGAGGCUUUACAGGUUCCAGGUGUGAUUCUAAUUAUUGGUGAAGUUGUUGAUGGACCGGAUGAUAACCUGAGGCGCCCUGUUCUUGAUGGGAUUGAAUAUGACUAUGUAUUUGAUGUCGAUAUUGGAGAUGGGGAGCCUAUUCGUAAGUUGCCCUACAAUCGAUCAGAUAAUCCUUAUGCUACUGCUGACAAAUGGCUUCUCAAGGAGAAUCUACCUCUUUCCUAUCGUCAACAAAUUGUAGAGUUUAUACUCCAAAAUUCUGGACAAAAGGACUUCACCCUGGAUUCAUCAUUUCGUGAUCCCUUUACUGGCUCUAGUGCUUAUAUACCUGGAGCAACUUCCAGUAUGUCUGCUGUUUCAGCAAAACCCACUUUCAAGCACAUUCCUAAGGUAUGCUGUUACAGUGUAGUGUUAAUAGGUUUGGAUAUAUCAGUCAAGGGGUUUAAGAUGCAUUUCCAGGAAUUGCAUGUCCAUUCUUAGGGAACUUGUAAAAAAGUAUAUAUUGAGUGAUUGUAAAAGCUCAUGUAUUAUAUUUUAUUUGUUUCACAUGAAAUAUUACCUA